CACAUCAGAAACUCAGUCUUGAGUGCAAGACUUUUAACCAGAAAUUAUUCAAAAAAAAUUGUUGUUAAUGGACCAGUUGUUGAAAUGGAUGGUGAUGAAAUGACUAGAGUAAUUUGGGAAUCAAUUAAAAAGAAAUUAGUUUUCCCAUUUGUAGAUUUUAAAGAUAUCCAAUAUUUUGAUUUAGGUUUACCAAAUCGUGAUGCCACCAACGAUAAGGUUACAAUCGAUUCAGCAAAUGCUACCAAAUUAGCUAAAGUUGCAAUUAAAUGUGCUACCAUCACACCAGAUGAAGCACGUGUUAAAGAAUUCCAAUUAAAGGAAAUGUGGAAAUCACCAAAUGGUACCAUUAGAAAUAUUAUUGGUGGUACUGUUUUCAGAGAGCCAAUCAUCUGUAAAAAUAUUCCACUUUUAGUCCCAGGCUGGAAAAAACCAAUUGUUAUUGGUCGUCAUGCCCAUGCUGAUCAAUACAAAGCCACCGAUUUUGUUGUUUCAUCACCAGGUAAAUUAGAGAUGGUAUUCACACCAGAAAAUGGCGAACCAAUCAAGAGAGAAGUCUAUCAAUACAAAGGUAAGGGUGUUGCAAUGGGUAUGUACAAUACCGACGAAUCCAUUAUUGAAUUUGCUCACAGCUGUUUCAAAUAUGCACUCAACAGAGACUAUCCACUUUAUUUAUCAACCAAAAACACCAUCCUCAAGAAAUACGAUGGUCGUUUCAAAGACAUCUUCCAAGAAAUCUAUGAAAAGAAUUACAAACAACAAUUUGCCGAUAAAAAUAUUUGGUACGAACAUAGACUCAUCGAUGAUAUGGUUGCCUACGCUCUCAAAUCACAAGGUGGUUAUGUUUGGGCUUGUAAAAACUAUGAUGGUGAUGUUCAAUCCGAUAUUGUAGCUCAAGGUUUUGGUUCACUCGGUCUUAUGACUUCAGUUUUAUUAGGUCCAAACAAUGUUUUAGAAGCUGAAGCUGCCCACGGUACCGUCACCCGUCAUUUCCGUGAAUAUCAAAAAGGUAAUGAAACCAGUACCAACCCAGUUGCAUCCAUUUUUGCAUGGACUCGUGGUCUUUCUCAUCGUGCUAAAUUAGAUAACAACACAAAAUUAGCUGAAUUCUGUAAAGGUUUAGAAGAUGCUUGCAUUAAAACUAUUGAAGAUGGUCAUAUGACUAAAGAUUUAGCAAUUUGUAUCAAGGGUGAAAAAGUUUCAAGAUCCGAUUAUUUAAAUACCCAAGACUUUAUUGAUAAAAUCUCUGAAACCUAUUUAGCCUCAUCAAAAUAAAAUAUUUUACUAUAAAUAAAUAAACUAUAAAUAGUUUUU